GUCGGGGGCGCGGGCGCGGGCGCGCGGGGCUGACAGGUGCGGGGGGCGGCCGUGCGGGCCGGGGGGCGGCGGCGGCGGUGGCCCGGUGGCGAGUCUGAGCCGCGGCGGCGAUGCUGGAGACCCUGCGUGAGCGGCUGCUGAGCGUGCAGCAGGAUUUCACCUCCGGGCUGAAGACUUUAAGUGACAAAUCAAGAGACGCUAAAGUGAAAAGUAAACCCAGGACUGUUCCAUAUUUGCCAAAGUAUACUGCUGGGUUAGAACUACUUAGUAGAUAUGAAGAUACCUGGGCCGCACUUCACAGAAGAGCCAAGGAAUGUGCAAGUGCUGGAGAGCUGGUGGACAGCGAGGUGGUCAUGCUUUCAGCUCACUGGGAGAAGAGGAAGACCAGUCUCUCCGAGCUGCUGGAGCAACUGCGGCAGCUCCCGGGUCUGCUGGCCGAUCUGGAGUCCAUGACCAGGAGUCUGACUACUUUAGAAGCUAGUUUUGAGGAGAUAGAAAACGGCCUGUUGAAUCUGGAGGAUUUAUGUGGGCAGUGUGAAUUAGAGAGAUUCAAGCACCUGCAGGCACAGCAGCUGGAAAAUUAUAAGAAAAAAAAGAGGAAGGAACUCGAAGCCUUCAAAGCUGAACUAGAUGCAGAGCACAACCAGAAGGUUCUAGAAAUGGAACAAAGCCAGCAAAUGAAGCUGAAGGAGCGGCAGAAGUUCUUCGAGGAGGCCUUCCAGCAGGACAUGGAGCAGUACCUCUCCACGGGCUACCUGCAGAUCGCCGAGAGACGAGGCAACAUGUCGUCCAUGGAGGUGAACAUUGACGUGCUGGAACAGAUGGACCUGAUGGACAUUUCCGACCAGGAGGCCCUGGAUGUCUUCCUGAACUCCGGGGCAGAGGACAAUGCGGAGCUGUCCCCCGGCGCGGGGCCUGACUCCAAGAUGGGCCAGAACGAAAUCAGUCUCCAGGUCCCGCGGGCUGCCCAGCGCCCAGCCAAGUCCCCGUCCCUGUCCUCCGCCCAGGACCCCGGGGAGGCCGGGGAGCGGCCCUCGGUGCAGUCCGACGAGGAGGGCGUGGAGGUGGACACUGCCCUGGCCACGCUACACACCGACGACAGUGACUCCUGAAUGGGAGGGGGGGCCCCGACACCCCCGCCCCG